UCUUGUUGAACCAACUUCGGCAUGAUCUUUAAUCUGUGGAAUUCCCCUGUAGUCGAGUGUGUGAGUCAUGCGAAUAACCUGAGCAGUCUGGUUGCCAAUUUGAAUAAGCUGUAAUGUUAUUAUUGGUCGUCUGGGUACCAAGCUAAGAUUUACAAUUUUUGUGUGUGUGCUCACUUUGUGCAAUACCAGCUCCAUGCACCCACCUCGCGAAUGAAGAAUCCACCGCUUACCGUUUUACGAUGUUCAGACAGAAACGGACGGUGUCAAAGUCCAGAAAUACUAUGUCCGGCUAUUUCCAACGUACCCACUCUACUGCCACUCAGCCCUCCAGUAUGGAGCCGGAGACUAGCCACAACAAUUCCAGCACUCCCCUCCGGCUCUUUGUCGAUGCCAAGAAGAAGAUCAAUGAAAUCUUUGGGGAGAUUGCCUCACAUACCAGAGAGAGUAAAGAUUUCAUAGUAGGGAUUCCAAGUGACUUUGAUGUGGUGUCGGACGACCUUAUGGAGAAGGUCCAGGGCUUCUGCUCACAGGUUCAGAGCAUCAGAGACGUGCUGGCCAGGGACCACAUGAAAGUGGCCUUCUUUGGCAGAACGAGCAAUGGCAAGAGCAGUGUCAUCAAUGCCAUGCUGAGAGAGAAGGUUCUACCCACUGGUAUCGGUCACACCACCGACUGUUUCCUGUCCGUGGAGGGUAGCGAGACCAAUGAAUCCUACCUACAAAUGGAUGAUUCUACUCAAAAGCUCAGCGUACAGAAUGUUGGUCAGAUGGCCAAUGCUUUGUCCAAUGAGAGAAUUUGUGGCCAGAGCAGUGUUGUCAAAGUCUUCUGGCCCAAGUCUCGAUGCCACCUGCUGCAGAAUGACGUUGUUCUGCUAGACAGUCCCGGCAUCGAUGUGGAGCCAAACCUAGAUCAGUGGAUUGACAAAUACUGUUUGGAUGCUGACGUGUUUGUUCUGGUGUCAAAUGCUGAGUCGACAUUGAUGAGAACAGAAAAGAGUUUCUUUCACAAGGUCAGUGAGCGACUGUCCAAGCCCAACAUCUUCAUCCUGAACAACCGUUGGGAUGCAGCCGCCAACGAACCCGAAAUGGAAGCAGUUAAGAAGCAGCACUUGCAGCGGAACAUAGAGUUCCUGGUGGACGAGUUGAAGGUGGUGACCAGACAGCAGGCCGAGGACCGAGUCUUCUUUGUCUCAGCCAAGGAGGCCCUCAUCACUCGCAUCCCAAAGCCCGCCCACACACCGGACUCAAGUGGCCCCCUUGCUGAAGGCUUCCAGGCCAGGCUCUUUUCCUUUGAAAACUUUGAAAGAAAGUUUGAGGAGUGCAUAUCGCACUCUGCCGUCGUGACUAAGUUUGAGCAGCACGCCAAGCAGGGCAAGCAGAUUGCCGCCUGCACUCAGGACAUCCUGGACGAGGCCCUACAGCAGUCGUCCAAGAAGAGGGCAACGUGUAUUGAGAAACGCAAGGAGCAGACGGAUCGUCUGCAGUACGUCACCACCCAGCUGAAGUUACUGACUGGAGAGUGCAAAGACAAGAUCAAGGACAUCGCUGAACAAGCUGAAACAAAGGUGUCUGCUGCUAUGACAGAUGAGAUCAGGAAGUUGUCGUUGCUCGUUGAUCAGUUUGACCGGACCUUCCAAUCAGACCCACUCGUCAUCAAGGUCUACAAAGAGGAGUUGCAGAAGCACCUGGAGGCAGGCCUUGGGCGUAACUUGGAUGCUAGAUGCACAUCAGCUGUCAUGCAGGACGUACAGCAGGUGCAAGAACAGAUGACAGAGAGUAUGUCAGCUCUGCUUCCCGAUGAGACCAAGGACCAGGUCAGCCGACUCCUCUUCCGGCGAGACUUUGGUCCCAGCUACCGGUUGGAAUGCCAGAACCUCUUUGCCGACUUCUCUGAGAAUGUGGAGUUUCGAUUCUCUCUGGGUUUCACGGCACUCAUGAAUCGCUUCCUAGGGCCAAAGAACACGCGGGUUGCCAUGGCUGGCUUUGCCAAUGUGAUCCCUCGUCCCUUAGCAGCUGCUGGAGCGGAAAGUGGGGCCCGAGGCCAGGAAGAUCUGACGGUUGCCAUGGUAACAGGAUUGGCAUCCCUGACAUCUCGCACCUCCAUGGGGCUGAUGAUUGUAGUUGGUAUUGUCUGGAAGGCUGUGGGGUGGCGCGUGCUGGCAGUAGGGGGCGGUCUGUACACACUCCUCUACAUCUACGAGCGACUGACGUGGACUAACAAAGCCAAGGAGAGAGCCUUCAAGCAGCAGUUUGUCCAGUAUGCGUCCGAGAAGCUCAAACUAUUGGUCAACUUCACCGGAUCCAACCUUAGCCACCAGAUACAGCAGGAGCUGUCAUCAACAUUUGCCCGCUUGUGCCUGGAGGUGGACAACCACACCGACAGUCUGCGGAAGGAGCUGAUCAAGAUGGAGGACGAGAGCCAGAAGCUGGAGGCCAUGAUUGCCAGGGCCAAAGUCCUGAGGAACAAAGCCGGUUGGCUGGACAGCGAGUUAGACCGGUACAUCCACAACUUCUUGAAGCACUGAGGAGCUGUUGGGCACCAGUGACAGUUGCAUGCUUUUAGAAGAACUAGAACUUGGAUCCGGACAAAAAGAUCCUUGGGAAUGGAGCAUUGAUUGUCUUACCCUGGCAAAGUUCCCAAAGCAGUAAUUUUAUUUGGUUUGACCUUCGACCUCAGGCCUGAGUUCAGUUCUUGGCCCAGGUUUGCACUUGGAGCCUUGAGUCUCCAUUUGACUGUGUUCAAUUCUUCUUGGAAUUCAUUCAGUUUAUCUUUGGACAAAGUGUACAAAACUGGGGGGAAAUAUAACAAGGAGUAGUCCAUAAUCGAAAGGUACUUGGCUUUUAAGACAUAAAGGUAUUGAAUUUCCCCUGAGCUGUACAGAAUUUACCCUAGUUUGGAUAUAUAUAUAGCUUUGAACACAAUGAUGUUUCUCACACUGGGAUAACAAAUUUCCUGAAGUGAAACUUUGGUUCCUCAGAUGGAGAGAUGUUGCUGAGAAUCAUGCAUAUCUAGUGGUUCUGUUUUGGGAAUGUGAAUUUUAUUGUUCAACUGGCUUUCAGAAUAAUUGUAGGACCCGUGGUUGAGGGGACAGUUUUUGUCAUCCGGAAAUUUAAGACAGUUUUCGGGACAAAAAAUCUGAGUCCCGUUGAUGAAUUUAUCCUCGGAAAUAACCAUCGUUCAACUCAUUUGGGGUCCCCACGGCUACAGUGCUGGUAGAAAUGUACAUUCCGAUCCUCUGCAAUGAAAUUGUGAAUAAUUCAAUUGAUCAAUUGAAACCCAAAGAGUUAAAAAUCCAUUACAUACCAUUUCAAUUAAAUUGAAUCAUUCUUUACGUACACUGUACAUGGUGCACAUGGCCCAUCAUUAUCCCCAGAUGCGUCCCUACACUGUCAUCCUGCAUUUACUAUGUACUUUAAGGAAACCCUCAACGUAUUGUCUUAUUCUAAAAGUUUGGAAGUGGACUUUAGCAUCCCAUUUCUGAGCAUGGCAGGCAGUCUGUGAUCUAUUAUACUAAUGUAGGGAAACUGUUGAUGGCAGUGUGUGGUUGAAACACAAGCCAAGAAGGAGCACAUUCCAUGGUUGCACCAGUUUGCAUGUGUGUCACACAGUGCAGGUGACUAAUUUUCAGUUGAAUGUGCAUAAACUGUAGCACAGGCAGGCAACAGAAUUUGGCCAAGAUGUACUGUAUCUGCAGGAACUUACUUGGGUCAUGUUUAUUUAAUACAAGCAUAUGUUCUUUACAAUAUGACAUUUACCCCCUCAUGCCACUGUAUUUUUUCUUAUUUUUGAAUAUUGAAUUCACAUCUGGAAAUGCUAAAUAUUAUUUGCAAAGAAUCUGUCAAUUUUAAUGUUGUAAAACUAUCAAAGUUCCCUAGUUUUUCAGUGAAUUUCAGUCUGGUGAAAAAAAGUGUUUUGUCUAUUUUUGUCUUGCCAUUGUUUCAGUGUGAAGGGCGUUUAGUCUUGUCAGCUUAGCCUGUCAUUGUGUGUGUUUAUUCUAUAGGUUGCUUUAUAUACCAACAGUGGUUAAAUGUUUCACUUAACACAUUCAAACAAGUGAGGCCCUAAUUCGGUGGUGUUGUACUCCAAAUUUGUUCGCAUAUAUGCCUUGACUUGUAUGUCAGGAUAUUAACCGAGAGGAUGGAAAAAGGUGGAUUUCUGUAAAGAAUUCAGAUGUGAAGUGAAUACCGAUUAUUUCUUUGCAGAAGAGUGGCCAGUCCGUGAUGUUGAAAAUUCCAAGCACACGAUUUACUUGAUGCACAGGUGGUCCUCUAAUGCCAAUGUGUAUAUCAUAUACUCAGUUUUAAUUUUAACGGCAAUGACCUUGCAUUAUCACAUGAUAUUUGUUUUUACUGUGCACAGUUUAUGUAUGUGCAUUUUGGUCUCUGGCUUCAGGUUUUUUUAGUUCACCAUUUGCCCGUCCAACUUCAGCUGGGACAUUAACAUACCCUUUGACAUAUGCAGGAUUCCGCAUGUAUGUAACAGUUGCAGGAAGUCGAUGAAAUUUCGGGUAAAAGCUUCUUUUUUUUUUAGAGUUCGCUUUUGAAGUUAGAAAAGGACAAAAAUUGGAAGUUUGCAGGGAAAUUUAAAUUUCCUUCCAGAGACCAAAAUGUUGAGUUUACACAAACUGAAAAUGUUAUGAUCAAAAUCAUGUGGGGAGCAGUUCUUAGUAAAAUUGUAAAUUUUCAAACUGUUUACCAAGAAAAUAAGGUAACAGGUCCUGAUAUAGAUUUUCUGUCAACUAUUCAGAAAAUUUUUUCCAUGUGCAAUUUAGUUCUGUGGGGUGGUGUGACUGACACCUUUUGUGAACCAAUACCAAUGAAUUUGUGUAUGGGAAAUAAAUAACAAAGCAAAGGACUGUA